UGCUUUAUUGUCCCUUUCAGGAAUGUAUUGGCAGGGCAGUUCUACUGUUUGAAUUUCUUUGAAUUUUAGUUUAAUUUGAGUAAUCUCAAUGAAUUGAUAGGUUCAUAGACAUGUUUCAACAUAUUAACAUGUUGAUAAUGUUUUAGGCUGACAGAAUGUUUUUAAUUUUGUAAUAUUUUCAUUGGUGAAUCCCUAUCUGCGGGUAUUCAUCGUAUUUAAAUAGGUGGCAUUGCGUUUUCAAACCAGCGUAUAUAUGAAGCUUCUCCCCAAUUCCCCUCCUCCAAUGAAUGCAUGUUUUUUUUCAUCCUAUAGGUGUCUCCCGGGAAAAGAGAUUUUACAAAAGAGGUAUCACAAUUGAUCAAUUUGAAGCAAAGAGGAUAGCUACCGAACAAAUGGAAGAAAUCAUUGCAAAUGAGGAUUUCAAAAGAAAUGAAGAUGCAUCAAGGAGCUUUGAGAAUAAAAAAAGGUUGAUCUUGGUGGGUGACAAAAAUUUACUAUGAGCGGCCAUUUUUGGCAAUCUAAAAUGGUAACUACUUAAUCUCCCUUCCUACCCUAUCAACACUGCCACACUGAAACCACUAAUUUUUAGGUGUUCCAUAUUGCCUAUGAUGUCUUUAGCAAAAUCCGUUCUCCCUUCUCUUUGGGAUUGAAUUUUGAUUAGUUUUUUCAUUGGGUCUUAGAUGUUGAUUGAGUGUAUGUGAGCACAGGCAUGGGUUUGGAUAAGGAGGCAUUUUCUGUGGAAUUGCACUUACUGCCUGGUGUUCUGGGCAGUGUUGUUUGUCAGGAUUGUGAACAGUGUAUAUCUGGGAUCAGUUGGGAACAGAAGGUCCGGAUUAUGCCUGGACUUUUCUUUUUUGUUUGAUGAGGUGUUUCACUUAUGUCAAUAGCUGUGUUGCAUUGGUUUGACACCUGAGGUUUACAUUGAAGCUCUAUGCUGCUAGGGGCAGUCGGAUUUUUCUGGUCUGCUUCUGCCGUUUGCCAGGUCUGGUUCUGUUCAUUGUCCAGACUUCUUGUUUAGGUUCAAUGGCAUUGGGUGGAAUGUUGCCUGUUUGCUGUGGUUUGCUGCCUUAUGCUGGUCUGGUUGCUGCUUUUCUCUGUUUUAGUGAUCUCCUGCUGGUCUGGCUGUAUGCUGCUGUGCUGUUCUGUGCUGCAGGGCUGUGCUGGGUGUGUGACUCUGUUGAUGGGGGUUUGUGCAGGGUCAGUUCAGUUUUGGUUUGGAGGGCUGCCUAUGUGCUGAUUUCAGGGCUUUUUUCCUAUUGAAGGAUUAAAGCCAACUUUUGUUGGUUCCUCUCUUCUGCACCAGGCAACAGUUAAUGCUAUGUGAAGCUGGUCUGUGCUACAGUUAUCUCUGUUGGACAGAUUUGGAGCUGGCUGUGCUGCAAGGCCUUUUUACA